AUGGACUCCUACGAAGGCUAUGCAUCUCCUGGAAGAGGGCGCGACGCGCCAGGCGAAUCUUACCGCCGUCGCUCACCUUCACGCCAAGGCCGCAGACGCUCGCGUUCCCCCAUGAUAGACCGCUACGAACCCUCAGACCGCCGUCCCAGAGAGGACUUCUAUAAUAAUUCGCGCGAACACGCGGCGCGUGAGCGUGAAGAUCGUCGUCGUCCCCCCUCUCCCAACGUAGCCAACAUUGACCGCUACGUUCCCGGCCAGGACUUUGGAAGUCGCCCAGUGACGACCAACCCACUCCCUAACCCACUGAGUCUUGACUUUCAGGUGGGAUUCACAUGGUUCGCUGAAUGGUGGCGAACCGAACAGUCGCUGAAGGAAGAGAAAGAACGCGCCAAGCACGGAGGCCGUCGCCCAUCAGACCGAGUUAAGGGAGACCGCGAGGCCCGGGAGGAUCGCGACAAGGAACGCGCGCAGAUCCAGGCUGCUUACGACGCAUACAAGAAUGAUCUGCAGGUCAAACUCGCACGGCAGUUUGUGCAAUCUCACAGAAACGAGGAAUGGUUCAAGGAACGUUAUCUCCCCGAAGUGCACGACCCCAUUCGUGAGCGUUUGAUGACCUUGCGGUCAGCUGCCUAUCUCCAGUGGCAGUUCGAUAUCAACACGGGUAUGUUUGAUGAUUUCACUCUCGAGGGUAUCUACAAAAAUGACAGCGAUGGUGCCGGUGGUGUCAUUGAAAAGGAAGAAGGCGAGACUUCGGCAGUUGGAGAAACAAUGGGUGUGCUCGACUUGCUCCCUGUCCGAGGUGGCCAGCUUCGCGAUGAAGCUCUAUCCCAACCUGCUUUACUGAUCAAGACCUUGGCUCCGAACGUCAGCCGCGAUAAGAUCGAAGAGUUUUGCAAAGAGCACCUCGGAGAAGGUGACGGAGGCUUCAAAGCACUUAGCCUCAGUGAUCCCAAUCCGUCUAAGAAGUUCCACCGCAUCGGAUGGAUCAUGCUCAACCCCGCACAAGAUACAGGAGCCACGGAACGAGGAGAUGGUCGUGAGCAGGAAGAGGAACUAGAUAAUGAUGCCACCAAUGGAGCUGCAACCACAAGUCCCGCCCAGAAAGCACUUGAAGCUGUCAACGAUAAGACUAUUCACGACUCCCUUCAUGGUGACUUUGUCUGCCAUGUGGGUAUCCACACUCCCUCAGCUUUGCCCCGCAAGAAGGCCCUCUGGGACUUGUUUUCAUCCCCAGAGCGCAUUGAUCGUGACCUCGAGCUCGCGAAACGCCUAGUCUCCAAAUUGGAUGCGGAACUGGAAUAUGACGCCGACGGAUUUGCUAGAAUUGAGGAGCGAGUUGAGGAUUUGCGUGGUAAAGGCUGGCUUCAGCCUCCCGUCACCGGGCCUAUUAGUGUGAGGAAGCAGACCGCAGACUUCAAUGACGAUAUCGACGAUGCAGAGAUGGAGGAGGGCGAGGAGAAGGAGGGUCCUGAAGAGGACGAGAUUGAUGACGAGGAGCUCUUGGCGAAGAAAAAGAAGUUGGACUUGACAGUGGAAUACCUUCGUCGUGUGCAUAACUUCUGCUUUUUUUGCGUUUUCGAGAGUGACUCGGUUCAUGAGCUGAGUCGCAAGUGCCCCGGUGGUCACCUUCGCCGCCCUCGUUCCGGAAUCUCCAGCCACGCCAGAGAAGUUGCUCGGGCCAGUGCUGAGGGACGGGAAUUCCCGUCUAAGUCGACCAAGGAUCGAAGCGAGGAGGAAGAAGAAUCUGCAGUCCACGACAAGCGGCCAGCAAGAGGAACGAAGCCUGUGCUGCAGCUGCAGCGUGCAUUUAACUGGGUCAAGACUUACGAGGAUAAGCUGUUGUCGAUCGUUGAGCCCGAGAAUGUUGACUUGAACAAGCUCGGUGGUAAGCCAGUGGACGUCAUGGUUGAAGAGGAACUUGCCAAAUACGUCAAACAAGAGGAUGACUCUCGUUUCCGUUGCAAGGUGCCUGAUUGUGCCAAGCUAUUCAAAGCCGAGACCUUCUGGCGCAAGCAUAUCGAGAAGCGCCACAUGGAUUGGCUUCAAAGUAUUGAGCGUGAUCUAUCGCUGGUGAACAAGUAUGUGCUUGACCCUCAGCGCAUUGCUCCAUCACGUUCAGAUGCCAACGCCAACGGGCACUUCCCAUUCUCCGCCAAUGGGGCCCAUAGUACUCCUCGUGGGUUCAGUCUCCAGGGCAUGCCCUACCCCGGAGUAAUCCCUGGCGGAUUCCAGCCUGGCGGCAUGGCUGGACUUGUAGGCUCCGGUACCUGGAAUGGUAAUAUGAUGAUGCCAAACGAUGGUGCAAAUCUGCACCACCCUGGUGCUAUGCGCCGUGGACAGCACCGCCAUAACAACCGCACCGGCCCUUACGAUCGCCGCCGUAACAACACAGGAGGACGCAUGAGUCCGGGUCGCUAUGGAGCCAGCCGACUCCCCCAGGCUGGCAUGACACUCCCACCGGGCCAUCCCGCGAAUAUGCUUCCCGCUAACCCCUUCCCCGACGCCAUGGGAACCGGUACCGGUCAGGCAUUGCCUCCCCGUGAAGCCGUUCAAGGUCGCAGCCUCAAGAGCUACGAAGAUCUCGAUGCUGUCGAGGCGUCCGGAAGUGGUGAGCUCAACUAUUAG